AAAUAAGUUAUGAAGUUCAAAGAUAAAUUUUAUGUUAUUUACAUUAUAUCUUCAAACUUUUUUAAUUUGGAGUUAACACCCUUUCAUCAAACCACUUCAAUUAUUAGAAUCUUUAACUGCUAUACGUCAUAGAUAAGAUUCGUACUUGAUAAUGUAGGCUGUGUAAUGUGGACAGCAGCAUUUCGUCAUCAUUAACAAUAGUUCGUCAUGCCUUUUUUCACGCAGCUGAUAUGAUAUUAAAACUAAAAGUAUGAGUUUCAUUGCUCAAGGCUAUACGAUUCAGUUUGUCAUCAUUACUGGUAGCGCGUGAACGCUGUAUAGCGAAAGAUUAAAAUUGAGACGUAUAUUUUUAGUAGAAUAACUUAAUUACCGGUAACCUUAACAAAGAAAAAUAAAAAACGAAAUAAGCCACGAUGUUGAAAAGUGCCUCAAAAGUUACGAUAAAUACAGGAAAUGUGUUAAACCUUAUUGAUAUUAAGAAAAAAGCUGGACAAAAUGUGACCGAGGAGUUAUCAGAGAGCAUCAAACUAACGUUAUCAGAAUGGGGUAAUAAAAACGGUUAUCCUGUUCAAAAUGGCACAACGCACGCGGAUUCCUCUCAGGCUUCAGAUUAUAUGGUCGUAUCUACAUCGAAGAACACUAAAGAGGCGCUUGUUAACAUAACAAGGCCCCAUGAUGACGUACACAACAAAAUGGCGGAAGAGGAACGGAAAAAUCUAAAGAUUGGUGUCAAAAUAUUUAUAAAUGAAGACAGUACGACGGCGUUAACGGAAUGCAUGGAAAAUGUAUUCACUGCUCUACAUACGGAACACAUAGAAAAUGUAAUAUUAGCUUAUAAUCCGGAUGUGCCGACCCGUGUCGAAGCCAGGGAUGAGAACACCAAGAGCACAUUUACAAAAGCAUCCCCUAUAUCGUUGGGUAGUAAUGUUGGUCGCGUAUCUAGUACAGAAAUAGAGGCCGACAGUGAAGCAGAUGCAAGAAAAUGCGAAGCUAUUCUCCCCGGUAUCAAAGUAUUAUGGGCGGUACUCGAAGAUUACGUAAAAGACGGACGGGUACAGCAGCUCGGCGUAGCUGACGUCGGUGGCGGUUGCCUCCGCAAACUUCAUGCUUGGGCUCGCGUUAAACCCACAAUUGCACAAAUCAACCUCGCCUCGUGCUGCGUGGUUCCCCCCUCCCUGCACGCCUUCUGCAGGGCGAAUGACGUCCAACUACUCACACACGCCGAUCCACCUGAUCUCCUAUCACUGGCAGCACUAAAAACACUCUCCGAUGCAGGAAUCGGUUGCAAUAAUUUAGAUUGGUGUGCGAGAUACCAAGUACAUAUAAAAUGCAGAGGCGUCCUGGCCCUUAAAGGCUACGUGUGUAAAGCAACACUACAAAAUAAAAAUAAAUAAAAUUAAACCAAUAUUAAAUAAUUAUAAAAAUAUUUAUAUUUGUUGUAUGAAUAAAUUAUUGAAUUUAAACGUGA